CCACCGGCGGGGGCCUGAGCUAGGAAGGGAAUGGAGGGGUACCGUGGCGCCGAGUGCGACAGGGCCUCUGAGACCUCGUCCUUCGUAGAGGAUGAAGAAGAAGAGGAUGAAGAGGAGGAGGAGGAGGAGGAGGAGGAGGAAGAAGAGGAGGAGGAGGCUGUGGAGCUGACUAACAGUUUAAAAGAUCUUAUCCAAAGCGAAGAUGUGAAACCCAAGCUGCAGUACAUCAUGACUAACCCUUCCUUUUCUAUGGUAACAGUUCAAAGUGAAGAUAGUGGGAUAACCUGGGAAACCAGCUCAAGCAGAUCUUCUACUCCCUGGGCCUCAGAAACCAGCACAACUUCUGAUCUUUACAGUAUGGAAAGUUCACCAGUAGGUUCUCCUCCAGGAAAAGUUAUCUUCAUUAUGGAUGAAGGUAAGAUUGUUCGGAAAAGGAAGCGUAAAUCUUCAAAUAGGGUGCCGAUAGCUACAAACCUGAAGGGAGGCCAGGGCAAUAAGAAACGUGACUCUUCUGGAAUGCAGAGGCAAGAACCAAGAACUGUUCUAGGAGACGUGCAGGGCUCCGUCUUGAACGUUGAACAGGUGGAAGCACAAGACACAGAUGAGGAAAUGUUGGAUGACAAAGAAGAUCUAGAGAACAUCACAGAAGAGCCAUUAAAACGUGCUCCUAUAAGAUCAAUAUUUAGAGAAAGCAGACUGAGAAAAGUAGGGCCGAUCCUUGGAGGACCAGUACAAGCUAGAAUCCAGCUGUUCAACUCAAUUUUUGGAGGGACUGAGCCAGCCCCUGAAACAUUGGAGAAAACCAAAAUCCAGAGAAGUAGCUCAGUUUCAGGAGAUUCUGAACAGUUCCUUGAAACAUCAGUAAAAGAAAGAUUGCAGAAGUUCAGUUCACUUUCAGAAGCAACAUAUCCAAAACCUUUCCAGAGAGCAAGAAGCAGAAAUCUUGAAACACCAUCGGAGAGAAGAAGGGAGGAAAGACAGCAACCCACAGCACAUGCAAAUCAAAGCUAUUCGUCAGCAACAACACCUCGUAAAAAACAGCUUACUAAUAAAGAUGAUGUUUCAUCUGAAAAUAUUAAACCCAUUAAAAUGAAAGAUAAACCAAGCAGAUUUUCGAGCUUUGCUGCAGACGCAGGUCUUCAACGUGAAGAAAGAAAAGACAGACAAUGUCUUUUGGAGAUUUCAAGUCAGGUAUCAGGCCAGUCAUUGAAGUCCUGCCCUCCUGAAGAAGCCAAGAAACAGCAAAGUUAUUCACCUGUGGCCAAAAUGUCAAUAACAGAGCAAUCAUCCUCCAUUUCGUUAGAGUCCGGUGCUAAAUCAGAGAAACAAGUGCCGCUUCCUUCAGCUGAAACUGCAAACAAGAAACCAGACCAAUCCCUGCUGAAAGCAUCAGAUCUUCUGGAUGAACCAACGGAGCAGGAAAUUCAGCCCGAUUCUGCACCACAGUCUGUUUCAGCAGAUUUUGUUAACGAAUUGGAUAGACAAAGUACCCAACCUAUUUUGCCUACAGCAUCCAUGUCAGAACAUCCUGAGAAGGAAGCACACAAGUCAGCAGUUCCGUCUUACUUACCUAGUGCUCCAUCAGCUAAAUCCAAAUAUUCCACUCUGUCUGAAGUAAGACAGGAGGAUAUUAUUCCUCUGUCAUCAGAAGCUGCACAGUCUGAGUCUGAACACGUGCUAUUACCACAUUCUGCAGAUAAAACAGAGAAGCAGUCAGAAACUGAGCAUUCAGGUCUAUUGUAUUCUGCUAAAAAAAACGAGAGUCAAAAGACCCCACCACCUGAAACCCAGAAAGUUCACUUAAAGAAGCAAGCAGAAUUGGAGGAGCAAAGAAUUAAACUAAAUUUACCUAUUCCUGAAAAGAUAGAUUCUAAAUAUUUCGGCAUUUCAUAUCCUGUUCACACAGAAACACAAGAAACUGGGAAAACUUCAGCUGUAAAUGAAGGAGUAGAUUUGGACCACCCUGUUUUUUCUGUUGAAAAAACAAAACAAGUAGAGAGUGCACAAAUGGAGAUGGAGCAUUCAGAUUUCUCAUAUUCCAGCAAAGAAACUGGGGAAUCAGAGGGAACACAGAUUGAGACAAAGCAUUCAGACUUCUCUUUUUCCAAGGAAGAAACAGAUGAGUUGGUGGGUGUACAGUCAGAGAUGGAGCAUCCAGACUCUUUUUCCAUGGGAGAAAUGGAGGAAUCUGAAAGUGCACAACUGGAGACAGAACAUCCAGAUUUCUCAUAUUCCAGGGAAGAAACAGAGGAAUCAGAGAGUGCAAAACUGGAGACAGAAUAUCCAGAAUUGCUUUUUUCCACAAAAGAAACAGAGGAAUUGGAGAGUGCCCAACCGGAGACAGAACAUCCAGCUUUCUCAUAUUCAAGGGAAGAAACAGAGGAAUCAGAGAAAUUGGAGAGUGCCCAACUGGAGACAGAGCACCCAGAUUUCUCAUAUUCCAUGAAAAAAACAGAGGAAACAGACAAGGCACAACUGGAGAAAGAGCAUCCAGAUUUUUUUUCUAAGGAAGAAACUGAAGAAUCAGAGAGUGCACAGCUGGAGGUGGCACAUCCAGACUUUUCUUUUUCCAGGGAAGAAACAGAGGAAUCGGAGAGUGUCCAAUUGGAGACAGAACAUCCAGAUUUCUCAUACUCCAGAGAAGAAAUGGUGGAAUCAGAGAGUGCACAGCUGGAGAUGGAACGUCCAGACUUCUCUCUUUCCAGGGAAGAGGAGGAGGAGUCAGAAAGUGCACAGCUGGAGACAGAGCACCCAAAUUUCUCAUAUUCCAGAGGAGAAAUGGUGGAAUCUGAGAGUGCACAGCUGGAGAUGGAUCAUCCAGACUUUUCUUUUUCCAGGGAAGAAACAGAGGAAUCAGAAAGUGCACAACUGGAGAGAGAACAUCCAGAUAUUUUUUCCAAGGAAGAAACAGAAGAGUCAGAGAGUGCACAGCUGGAGAUGGAUCAUCCAGACUUUUCUUUUUCCAGGGAAGAAACAGAGCAAUCAGAAAGUGCACAGCUGGAAAUGGAACAUCAGGAGUUUUUAUUUUCCUGGGAAGAUAAAGAAAACCAAAAAUCUGUUCCUUUUGAACUGGAACAGCCAGAGUCUUAUUCCCCUGAAGAAGCAGAGCAAGAAGAAACAGCACAGCUUGCACUGGUACCUUCAGAUUUCUCAUGUUUGGUGGAAGAAGCAGAGAAAGAAAACACUACAGAACUCCAAUUGGUACAUCCAGAUAGAUCUGAUUCCACCAGCAGAGCUGAGACACAGCAAACUGGGUAUAUGGCAACAACAAGUUCAGAUUUACCAUACCCCACAGAUAAAACAAAGCAGCAAGAAUUGGAACGAGUAGAUGUGGACAAUUCUCUUACGUCAUAUUUUGGUGACAAAGGAGAACAGCCACAGCCUGUACAGCAGGAUUCACAGCCUGGAGGUAAGAUGUAUUCCUGUGCCAAGGGAGUGCAAGGCGAAACUACUCAACUACAGUCAGAGCAUCCAGUUUUGUCAUAUUCUACUGAACAAGAACAGCAACAUAAAACCUCACAGCUGAGGACAGAACAGCUGGAGAUGACAUAUUCCACUGUCAAAACAGAACAACAGGAAAUAUUGCAACCAAAGUUGGAGCAGGCAGAUUUGCUGUAUUCCCAUGGAGAAACAGCACAAGAAGCUGUACAAAAAGACUUGGAAGGUCCAGAGCCAUCAUGUUGCAUUAGUGAAGCAGAGCAACAUGAAAAUCUACAACUAGCUUCAGAAAAUAGGGAUUUCUUAUUUACCAGUGGAGAAGUAAUGCAAGAAGGAGUGGAGUCAGGAUCUUUGGGCUCCUCACAUUCGACUGACAGAGCAAAGGCCUGGGAAAUGGCACAACUGGAGCAGGAGCAGCCACUUCCCUCCUGUUCCACUGCUGGUAGUCAGGAACAGGAAACCACACCACUGGAUGUGGCCCAGCCAGAUGUAUCGUAUUCCUUUGGCAGAAUGGAACAAGAUAUAGUGCAGAGAGAGCUAGAACAGCAGGAAACAGCCCCACAAAAAGCUAUGCAAAUGGAAAUGGAGUAUUCAGAUUUGUCAGAAACUUGGGGUAAAGAAGAGCCACAGGUCAUAGAACAAAUCAAUUUGGCACAGCAAGAAACAGCUCAACCAGAGUUAAUGCAUCUGUCUUCACCACAUUCUCUCAGUGAACAAAUGCAAGAAGAAAUGCAAACAGAGCCAGCAUAUCCAGAACAGACAUUCUAUGUAAGUACAGAAAUGCAGGAGGAAAUGACACAGUACAAAUCAAAGCAACCAUUUCUUUCAAGUUUUACUGGCAAAACAGAGCAACAAGAAAUAAUACAUCCAGAGCCGGAGCAAACAUUUUUGCCAUUUUCCAGUGGAAAAGAAGCUCCACUGGAAAUGGAAGUGAGUUCAGAAUAUCCAGAUUUAUCAUAUUCUUUUCACGAAGCUGAACAACAAAAAAAGUUGAAACAUCCAACCUUACCAUUUUGUUUGAAGCAACAAGAAACUGCACCACUGGUGAUGGAACAUCCAGAUUUUUCAUGCGACAGUGAUGAAGCAAAACCAGUUGACACUGUAGAGCAGCAGUCAGAAUAUCCAGAGCUCUCAUACUCCAUGGGAGAAACACUAGAACAAUCAGAACAUUUGGAUUCACCAGGAACCCUGGGUGAAGCAGCACAAGAUGGAAGUAUGGAAGUGGAAUCUAAAUACUCAAAUUUGACAUGUUCUGAUGGCCAAAAAAACCAGCAAGAAACUUCACAAUUGGAUUCAACAUAUCCAGAUUUAUCAUUUUCCUUUGGUAAAGACAAAGAACAAGCAACUCAAGAGUUUGAGACUAAAUAUGAAGAAUUGCCUAAAACGGCCAAAAAAAGAACUUCUCCAGCAACUGCACAAAUAGAGUCAAAAUAUCCAGAUUCCCUUGGCAAAGCAAAUGAGCCAGAAAUUGCACCAUGGGAAGUGAAGCACCCUGAUUUGUCACAUUGCACUGAUGAGACAAACCAACAAGAAGUAAUAGUGUUGGAUCAAAAACACAGAAAAGUUUCUGUUGGCAGAGAAAAGCAGCAGCAAACCACAAAACAGCAGUUAAAGCAAGAAAAGUUAUCACAUUCUCCUGGUAAAACAGAGCAAUUAAAACAUGCCCAGGAGCACUUGGAACAACCAGAUUUAUCAUUUUCCAUUGACAGACUGGAUGAUGAAAUGGCCCCACCAGGGGCAGGACACACUGAUGUGAUAUGUCCUCUGGACAACACAGAGGUGCGACAAAGAGUACGACGAGAAUCGGAGGAAACAAGUUUAACUUACCCCUUUGGAAAAGCAGAACAGAAAACAGUUCAGCCGGAAGUGGAAAUUCGACAUUUGGCCCAUUCUGUGGGUAUGGCAGAAGAAGAAGAAGUGGCAGAACCAGGGCAGGGACAUCCUGACUUGCCUUAUUCCAUCUUCAAAGCAGGAGGACUGCAGACUGCACAGCUGAAACGCAAACACCCUGGUCUAGCAUGCUCCCUUGAUGAAGUACAAGAAAUGACCCAGCUGGGGUUGGAACAGCCAGAUGCAUUGUAUGUUCAUGACAAAACACAGCAACUCCCACCUGCCCAGCUGGAGCUGGGCCACGCAGACUUGGCAUCCCCCACUGACGAAGUGGGGCAGCAAGGGAUGGAGCACACAGCCUUGGGACGCCCUGAUGAGGGACAGUCUGUCAGCAGAGCAGAGCAUCCACAAGCUGCAAAAGAGAAACUAGGAGUUCCAGAUGCAGCACCUCGUAGUGGAAAAGUGGAGCAAAGAGAAAAGGCAAAACUGGAGCCAAAGCAUCCUGAUUUACAUACCAUUGAUAAAACUCAGACACAAGAAACUACACAACUGGGGUUAGGAAAACCAGAUCUAUCAUCUUGGCCUGGCAAAACAGAGCGAGCACAAACUGCUCAAGAGGAGCAGCCAGGCUUCCUGUAUUCCCUCAAAAAAGCUGCACAAGGAGAGAAAGCACAGCCAGAACUGGGACACUCACAGUUAUCUUAUUCUGUUAGUGAGGCAGAACAAGAAACUGCACAUGUGAAAUCAAAUAAUGCAGAUUUAUCUGCUGGCAGAUUAGAACACCAUGAAGUCAUACAACCAGCGGCAGAACUAAUGGAUUUAUCAUGUUCAAUUGGUGAAACACAGCAACCUCAAAUGGCUGAAGUGGAUUUGGAGUAUCCGGAUUUAUUGCAUUCCACUGGCACAGUACAGCGACAAGAAAAGAUUCAACCAGAGCAGGAACAGCCAGCUGAUUUUUCAUCAUCUCUCAGCAAAGAAGAGCUAUGGAAAGGUGCAGGAAUGCAGGCAGAACACCCUGAGCUGCAGUGCUCUAUAGGGAAAACAGAAGAACUGCAAAAUUCCCAAGCAAAAUCAGAAUAUGCAGAUUUGUCAUUCUCUGUUGGCACAGCAGAACCUCAUAAAACAACCCAGCCAGAGUUGAAAGAACAUGAUUUGUUGCAUUCUUUUAUCAAAACAAAGCCAUCAUGGGCUGCCCCACUGGUGUCUGAACAUGCAGAUGUCUCAGGUGCCAUGGGCAAAGUAUCGCACCCUGAUUUGUCCUCCUCUGUUAGUGAAGAAAAACAAAGUGCACAACUGGAGGUCAAACAGGAGAGGGGAAGCUAUACAUUAAACCCAGAGGAAACAGUACGACUGAAAUUGGAACAGCCAAUGUUAUCAAAUUCUCGUGGCACAGCACAGCAACCAAAUAGGGCCUCACUGGAAGGGGAAUUCCCUGGCUUCUUGUAUUCCUCUGGCAAAAAAGAGCAACAAGAAAUGGCAAAACAAGAGUUGGAGCAUUCAGGUUUAUCAUAUUCCACUGAUAAAAGGCAGCAACGAGAAACCACACAACUUGGAUUAGGACAACUAGAUUUAUUAUCUUGCCCCAGGAAGGCCGUGCAACCACAAACUGUUCAAGUGGAAGCAGAGCAUCAGGACUUGCUGCAUUUCACUGGCAAAACAGGACAGCGAGGAACAGCACAACCAGAGGUUGAGCAUCCAGAUUUGUCAUAUUCCAGUUACAAGGUAGAGCAGCCCCCAGCUACACAACAGAAAUCAGAGCAGCCUGUAACACCCCAUCCCAUUGGAAAAACAGAGCAACAAGGAGUGGCACAUACAGAGCGGGAACUUCCCAAUUUAUCAUAUUCCAUUUGGAAAACACCGUCACAAGAAGCAACACAAAUGGACUUAGGGCAACAAGAUUUAAUAUGUGACCUUGGUAAAACAGAUGAAAUGCAAACUGUGCAAGGUGAACUGCAACAUGCAGGUUUGUUGUAUUCUUCUGGCAAAAGAGAACAAGAAAUGGUAUUGCCAGAGUUGCAACAUCCACAGCUAUCUUACCCUGUUAGAGAAAUAGAAGAGGAAGCUGCACAUCAGAAAUCAAACUAUCCAGAUUUGUCAUAUUCUAUUGGUCGACAAGAGCACGAUGAAAUUGAACAACCAGAGGUGGAAGAAAUGUGUUUAUCCUAUCCAGCUGGCAAAUCAGAGCACUCACAAUCUGCCCAAAAAGUACUGCAACAGCCAGAGCUUUUGGAGUCCUUUGGCAAACUAGAGGAAAAGUCAAUGGCCCAGCCUGGCUUUUUGCACUCCCUUGGUGAAGAAAAGCAGAAACCAGCUUCGCCAUUAGCCUUAGUGCAACCAGGUUUUUCACAUUCGCUUGCCAAAACAGGAAAACAGGGAACUGCACAAGCAGGGUUCAUGCCUUCUGAUUUUUCAUAUUCCACAGGAAAAGCAGAGCAGUUGCAAAUGGAAGGACUAAAAUCAAGACAUCCAGAUUUGUCAUAUUCUCUUGACAAAGCAGAGACUGGUGGAAUGAAACCACCAGAUUUCUUGUACUCCUAUGGCAAAGCGGAGCAACCACAGACUGCCCAGCUAGAGCACCCAGAGACAUCAUAUUUCACAGGUGAAAUGGAGCGAAGGGAUGGGGCCCAACCUGAACUGCAGUGCAUUAAUUUGCAGUAUUCUGUUGUUGAAACAGAGCAACCAAAACCACCUUCUGUAUCAUAUACCUUCGGUAGGACUGAGGAGCAGGGAACUGCACAACCGGACUUUGAACAAUCAGAUUUAUUAAGUCCUGCUGACAAAGCAGAAAAGCAUGAAACAGCCCUGCUGAAAGCAGGGCGUUCAGAGAAGCGAGACACUGGGGCUACUUCAUCUCUAACUGCUCAGUUGGAAACUAAACAAGAUUUAUCCUUCUCCACUGAGGAAGCAGAGGGCCAACCAUAUUCAUCUCUUACUGAACAAACAGAGUCUGUUUCACAUUCUGUCUCUGAAACAAAACCAGAAGGAAGUCCAAAGCCUUCACCUGUAACUGGAGGCCUGUCCCCCAAGCACUUAGAUUUAUCUUACACCCACUGUAAAAUGGAGCAGACAGAAACUGCCCAGCCUGAAUCAGGUUUCUUCUUUGCAAGAAAAGAAGGAGAGAAUACAAAAAUUCAUCUACAUUUGCCUGUGGCUGCACAGUCAGAGGCUGAACAUGUAAUUUUACCUGAAACAGAGAGAGAACACACUCCACAUUACUUCCACACGGCUAUGCAAUUAGAAUCUGAACAAUUAAAUUUAUCAUAUUCUACAGAUAAAGGAGAAACUCUAGAAAGUCAAGAUUAUUUAACUGUAUCUUCAAAACUGGAGUCUGAACCUUCAGUUCCAUUUUAUUCAGCUGAUGAAACAUGUCAGCAAGAAAUUCCACCUUAUUCAAAACCAGCCUCUGAGUAUUUGGUUCCCACAUGGUCCCUUGCUGAACAAAACAAGCAAAGCAUGCAGCCAUUUAUUCCCCAGUCUGGACAAUCAGAGUGUAAACAUGUAAUUCCACCACACGAUGAAAAAGAAUUGCAAAAAAUUCAGCUCUAUUCACCUAAAUCAGCAAGCUUGAAGACAGUGCAGUUGGAGAGUAUGUCUGUAAUGCACACACAAGACCAAUACAAGCAAGAAUCUCAAGAUCGUUUGUUGGACACAAAAUAUUUGUCAUCAGAGCAGCUAAGAAUCUCCCCCAAAUUCUGUACUGAGCAGGAUAAGCAAGAAAUACAAUCUGAUGUGCAGACAGUGCCGAGGUCAGUGACCACAGAGUCAAAGGUGACUGCUGUAGCAGAUCGGCAAGCAAUGUCACCAGAUUUAUUUGUACCUUUUCAUACAUUACCUGAAAAGUCAGUAUCACUGGUUUUCACCGAUGAUGAAGAGAAACAAGAUAUUCCAUCAUCUUUAUCUGAUGUAGUAGGCAUGCUUGGAAAGCAACCUAGCAUAGUUUCAGGCAGUUAUACUGAGGGAGAGGAUAGAUGUGAAAUGCAACCGUAUUUUGCAGACAAAAAGCAUACAUCCUUAGAGCGUCUGGGAGCUGUUUCAUCAGAUCUUGUUUAUGAAACUGUGACACACAAAACUCAGCAUUCUUCUGCUGAAAGGGGCAGCCUUUCUCCAGCAGAGAUGAAGUCCAUUAGUUCUAGUUCUGAUGAAAAGCAGAAUCCAGAUAUUCCAUCUUUUGGGCUAGCUAGCUGGCUGGUGGAAGAGGUGAAAGCUCGCUCAAUUAGUCCAGUAAGAGCUACAGAAGUAGACAGGCAAGGGAUUCAACUUUCUCCAAAUGAAGCUUCUGAUUUUGGAUCAAAACAAUUUCCAUCUGGAAACUGCACAGAACACACAGUUCAUGGUGCUGCAAAGAAUAAAGGAGAUAUGGUUAGAGUUUCUGGUUCAGUGUCAAGUGAAAUAUCCCACAGAGUGUCCUCAGAAACUAGUCAUAGAGUGCAAAGGUAUGAUUUACCAUCUCUGGGAGGAGACAAUCCAGGUCCAGACAAAGUCCCAGAGAAUGAAACUAGGAUUGGAAACCCUACAAAAAUGGAAGCAAUGCAACAUCUGGAGGCAGACAAAGUGCCUGAAGUGCCUGAAUAUUACCUGAGAGAAGAGGAAGAAAUGGAACAUGCGAGCACUGUAGAAGACAGUCAGCAUGCUCCAGAGCCUACUGAACAAAAAGAUCUAUUUAAUAUAAUUUCAGAAGGUUAUGAAAUACUCAAUAUUCAUGCUCCUACACAUAUUUCUUCUGUUGAUCAAGAAGAAAGUAAACACAUGCCAGAUAAGCUAGAAUACUUGGAAACAAAUCCUUCGUUUAAAAGAAAAUUAGCCGAUGAUGGCCGUAGAGCCCUAGCUUCUGGAACAACCACAGAAAUUUUGGAAAGCUCAGUGUUGGGAAAGCCUGCAAACCAUGAACUAAAACAAUUGGUCAAAAAUGAUGAUGUUGAGGGAACUGGAGAAACACAAGAAAAUCCCAUGUUGCCAGAAAACAAUAAUAAGGCAGUGCUGGAUCCUAAUAAUGGUGUGGCCGAUAUGGAUUAUUUUGAAAAAUAUACCUUGAUAGAUGACAAAUCCCUAAUUAAGCCACACUUUGAAAGACCAAGUUCAUUGUUUCCUGUGACAGAAGAUCCCAACGAACCUGUGGAAGAAUCCACGUCUUUUAAAGAAAGUCCUGAGGUAGAUACUUUGGAAGAGGAGUUUUCCUUACUUGAGGAUCUGGAUGAAGUCUUUUACGGUACUGUGAAAGGAGAAAGCAAAAUGCAGUCCUAUGCAGAUGCUCCAAAACCCUUACCUCUGCAGAAAUCAAUUGAUAUUAGCAGUAAAAAGAUUACAAAUGUAGAAGAUGAAUGGAAGUCGCCAGGGACACCACUCUUCGAUUCAGAAGAAGGAGUGCUAGAACGAUCUCUGUUGUUCCCUACCACUGUUGCUGCAGUUAAUCCAGAGCUUCUAGAAGAGCCACCUGCUCUGUCAUUUUUAUACAAGGACCUCUAUGCAGAAGCAGUAGGAGAAAAGACAAAGGAUGAGACUCCUUCUGAUGAGGAAAGUGGUAAUUCUAAUGCAUCUUUCCCUAGUAGAAAUUCAGACACAGAUGAUGGAACUGGAAUAUAUUUUGAAAAAUACAUUCUUAAAGAUGAAAUUCCAGGUAAGGCCACAGGGCCUCAAAAGGAUCUGAUACCGGAAGAUGAGUCCUUUAGUGGAGGAAUUUCAGUUCAUAGUUCAGAGGACAAAUACAAGCAGGAGUCUGGUGAUGUUCAACAUGUCAGAACUGAGGUUCUGCCAGAAAGGGGUGUUGUGGAGAGAGAGAAGAUCCAGGUUGACAGUGACAUUCAAGCAACAAUUUGUAAACCAAUGCAUGCCAUUCCUUUUGGAAGCAAAGUAGUUCUUUUGGGUGCAAGAAGUGAUACCACUGAACAAAGAGAAGAAGAAAAUGCACCUGUAGAAGCAACUGAGGAGUUGCCAGAGCAAUCAAGUCACCAAGUAAAUAGUCAGCUAGUGGAUUAUCAGGGAGCUGCAUAUCAAGAAGCUAGUAAUAAGCAGGAAGAACAGCAUGAAAUAACAGCAAUUCCUGAAAUGGAAAAAUAUGUCCCAUAUGUCCGGACUCCUGUUGAAGACAGUGAAGAUGAUCAGUAUACCCAGGAAAAUCUUUCACAUGUCCCUACCAUUCAGCAAACAGAGGAGCCAGACUUGCAAAGAGAGGAGCAGCACCCUGAUGUUUACGAAGAUCUCGCUGAGUCAAUGGACUAUGAUGUGAUUACACAAGAAGAACUUUUACAAGAUGAAAUAUCAUCUCAAUUCACACACGAGGAGCUAUUAUUUGAAGACAGGGACUCUUUUGACCAUGUUGGUGAUAGUUAUGAAUUUGUUAAUGAGCCAGAACAAAGAACACCUGUUGAGCAUGAAGAUUCAGGCUUUGUGGUGAUGUAUCCUGAAAAAUCAGCAACAAACAUUCCUCAAGUUCAGAGCCCACAAAGAGAAUUGAAGAAAGCACAAGCAGACACAUAUUGUUACCACUGCAAAUGCGCAAUAUCUGCUAUUGACAAGCUUUUUGGAGAACAUAAAGACCAUGAAGUCACAACACUAGAUGAUGCUGCAACCAAGAUGAAGGAUCACUUAGGUCAAUUGCUAAUAGCACUGGAAGAAAAGUCAAUGAAGAUUGAAGAGUUUGUGAGUGAUAUUGAAUCGCUAUUUAACUCUGUUGAGGAAAAUUGUAAGAAAAAUGCGGAGUUACUGGAAAAACAGAAUGAAGAGAUGCUUAAGAAAGUAGUAGAACAAUAUGAUGAGAAAUCAGAGAACUUUGAGGAAGUGAAGAAGAUGAAAAUGGAGUACCUGUAUGAGCAGAUGGUUAACUUCCAGCAAACUGUUGAUUCAGCAAAGGAAACUUUGGAGACAACAGUAAAAGAAAUGGAAGAACUCGAUGGAUUUGUUUUCCUAAAUUCAUCUAAAGAAUUGAAUAAAAGGUUACUUUCUGCAAUGGAUACUACUCUGUCUUUAGAAAAGGUGCCCGGUGCUUUUUCACAGUUUGAGCACUAUGCGGACAGUCCAGGACAAAGCAACCAGCAUCCCUUGAAAUGUGUGGCUGUCCCACAGACACCGACUGUCAUACCUCAGGAAGCAAAUUCAGCCACCAGCACCUCCAUUGCCAUUUACUGGGCUGUGAACGAUGGGGACGCCAUUGACUGCUUCCAGGUCUACUGUAUGGAGGAGCCACAAGCCAGCAAAGAUGCAGGGGCUUUGGUGGAAGAGUACAGAGUGACGGUGAAGGAGAGCCACUGUAUUUUGGAAGACCUGGAGCCAGAUCGCUGCUACAGUGUGUGGGUCAUGGCUGUGAAUGGCACAGGCUGUAGCUUACCCAGUGAAAAAGCCAUUUUUAAAACGGCUCCUGCUGUCCCCACCAUCAAGGCCGAGGAUUGCACGGUGUGUUGGGACACGGCCACUGUCCGCUGGUGCGCUGUCUCAGCGUCGACGGAGUCCUUCACCCUGGAGUACUGCCGACAGCACUCGCCAGAAGGAGAGGGUCUCAGAUCUUUUGCUGGUAUAAAGAAACCUGAACUGAAAGUAUCCCUGGAGCCCAAUGUGAACUAUUUCUUCUACCUGAGGGCUGUCAACCCAUUUGGGACAAGUGAACAAAGUGAAGCAGCUCUCAUCUCAACUAAAGGAACUCGAUUUUGCCUGCUGAGUGACACAGCCCAUCCCGCUUUGCAAAUCUCCUCCAAUGCAACAGUGAUCCGCCUUCCUGAGAAAGCUAAAUUCACUGGGUUUCCUUCAGUCCUGGGUGAACUGCUGCCUGCUCGGGGACGUCAUUACUGGGAAACAGUUGUCUCUGCCUGCAGAAGCUACAGGAUUGGGAUUUGCUACGAGGCAACAUCACGGUGCAGUGUCCUGGGGCUGAGCGAUACCUCCUGGUGCAUGCGGUGCUGUCUUACACAAACCAGCUUUCUUUACAGAUUUCUUCACACUGGUGUGAUGAGUGAUGUCCACGUGACAGAACACCCGGCCAGGAUCGGCAUCCUGUUGGAUUACAGUGGAGGCAGACUGUUGUUCUUCAAUGCAGAGAGAGGACUUGUGCUGUUCACCAUCAGGCACAAAUUCACUGAUGCUGCUUACCCGGCCUUUGCCCUGGAGAAGGCUGGAGCACUGACCCUGUGCACGGGCAUGGAGCUGCCAGAGUUCGUGAAGCACAGCUAAUCCCCUGCUUCACACUCUCAGGAAAACUGACAAUUACAGUGUCAGGGGACAGGGAGGGGAAGGGGGAUGUCGGGGGGGAUGUCUAGUCUUCACCGAUGAAUGCCAUGCACACAGCUCUUCCCCACAUCAUCAGUAAUUGUAGUUAGUGUUCAGCCAUGUAAUCACCCUGAGCCUGGAGAGCAAAUGGGCUUCUUCAGAUAGAGCGUGCACCUAGUGAUAUACACAGCAUUACUUUUGAGGGGAAAAAAAGUUUUGUUAGGUAUGAACAUUCAGAGGGGGGGAAAUGUACUUUCCCUGUGAAAAUAAUGACAGUGCUAGCUGUCUUUUUAAAGUUGAUGAUGACCCUGUGUGUAAAAUAAAUGCAUCUCUCACUGCAAUA